AUAGGCUCUCUGAUUUGAUCGUGGUGGACAAAACUGAACUCUCCCCUGUUAUUAGAACAGGGAGAGGCAGAUCAAGUAGCAAAGAUAUAAAAUGGGUGGGCCAAUCUGUUGGUAAAACUUCACCUGGGGAACCCCUUUAUAAAAUGGUUUCUGCUGAUGGAGAUAUUGCCGUGGGAAGUUCAGUUCUGGUGUAUUCAAAAGGUCAGAACCAGAACUCUGAGGCCCAUCCCACUAUUCUUUUUGUUGAAUAUAUGUAUGAGAAAUCUAAUGGCACAAAAAUGAUUCAUGGAAGAGUUCUUCAGAGAGGCAGUGAAACUCUGUUAGGAAAUGCAGCUAAUCCACGAGAAGUCUUUAUGACUCACCAAUGCCUUCAAGUUGAUGUGAAAGAUGUUAAAGAGACAAUGGUAGUGGAGAUCAGAUUGCGAUCUUGGGGCUAUCAAUAUAGGAAGGAAAAUUUGAUCGCAGAUGAAGCUGAUAGGGCACGAGCAAUAGAGAUGGAAAGGAAGAAACUGCCUGUUGAUUACUUCUGCAAGUCUCUAUAUGCACCAAACUGUGGUGCCUUCCUUUCUCUUCCUUAUGAUACCCUGGGUCUGGGAAAUGGCCAGUGUCAGUCUUGUAGGAUAAGAGACGAUGAGAAGCAGAAUGCAGAACUCUACAUGCUUCAAAAUAAUGAUGGAUUUAAAUAUGAAGGUGUGGAAUACUACCUGCAUGAUUUUAUUUAUGUUGAUCCAGAACAGUUUGCUGCUGUUGGAGAUGAAAAGGAACCUCUAGAAAAGUUCAAAGCAAGUGGGAAUAGGGGUCUUAGAUCCUAUGCUGUUUGCCAGAUUUUGGAGAUCAAAAGUUCAUGUGGCUAAAGGAAGUCUGAUUCCAAGCCCACAAAGAUAAAAGCUCGAAGAUUUUUUCGCCCAGACGAUGUUGGGCUUGAAAAGGCCUACACUGCUGACAUAAGGGAGGUUUAUUAUAGUGAUGAAUCUGUAAUUGUAGAAGUGGAUGCAAUAAGAGGAAAAUGUGUUGUCAUGAGACAACAAUAUUUCUCUCCUAUGACUGGCAAUGUUAUCUUUGAACAUAUAUUCUUCUGCAGUUGCAUCUAUGAUCCAAUUAAGGGUGCCCUGAAGCAGCUACCUGCAAACAUCAAGUUAAGCUCUUCAAAAAGCACAGGAAACCAAAAAGGCAAGUUUCUUGUUGAUGAAGUUGAAAAUGCCAAGAGGAAAGGAAAAGCAGUUUCAGGAGAUCAGCCUACAGAAAAGACAUCGGAAACAUCUAAUGAUUGUCGCUUGUCAACACUGGACAUAUUUGCUGGCUGUGGUGGUUUGUCAGAAGGAUUGGAGAAAUCAGGAGCUUGCUUUACCAAAUGGGCCAUCGAAUAUGAAGAACCUGCUGCAGAGGCUUUCAAGCUUAAUCAUCCAGAAGCUGAGGUUUUCUGCCAGAAUUGCAAUGUUAUAUUAAGUGAUUCUUUAUAUGAGCAGUUGUUGCAGCAGAACAGAGAUUUCAAUUGUGCUCUUAAAAGUUACAGAUUUUGGUUGCUCAUGAUAUUCAUGUAUGUUUGUGGACACAAAGUGACAAUUCCUUGUUCUUAUCUCUAUUGA